AUGGAGGCAGCAUUAUUGCUGAGCCCACAGGGGACAAGUGAACCUCAGCAGAAAUCUGGUGGCAGUGAACUUGAACCCGCAUUUGAUCUUUUGAAAACUGGUGGUGAUAACAAGCAUACACCUGGUGGCGAUGAACGCAAACCCGGAUUAGACCCACAAACUCCUGGUGACGAUGGCGUGCAAAAACGUGGUAAUGAUGAACACAAACCACCAAAUGAUCCAGAAAAACCAGACCUUGCCGAUGCGCUAAAACCUGGCGGCGUUGAUAACAAUGAACCAACUCAUCCAGAGGAACCUGGUGGUAAUAGCGGACACAAACUUGGCAAUGAUGUACAGAAAUCUUCGGUCAGUCCAGAAGAACCUGGCCCUGAUUUACAGCAGAAACCUGGUGUUGAUAAACACAAACCACCAGUUGAUUCAGAAAAAUGUGGCGCUGGUCCUCAUCAAAAACCGGGUGUUAAAGAUGAGCCAAAACCUGGCGGCAGUGAAACCAAUCCAUCAACUGGUCCCACGGGAACUGGUGGUAAUAGCGAGCAAAAACUUGAGAGUGAAGAACACAGACCACCAGUCGAUUUGGAAAAAUCUAAAGUUGAUCCUCAGCAGAAACCGGGUGUCGAUGCUGAGUCAAAAUAUGUUGGUAAUGAAUACAAAACUGCAGUUGAUACAGGGGAAACUGACGAUGAUGAGAGCAAAUUCUCAGUUAAUCCCCAGCAAAUACCUGGCCUUGAUUCUCAGCAGAAAACUGGUGUUGAUGACGAACUAAAACCUGGUAGUGAUGAAUACAAUCCACCAGUUGACCUAGCGGAACCUGUCGGUGAUGAGCACAAAUCCCCAGUUGAUCCUGAAAAAUCUGACGUUGAUCCACAGCCAAAACCUAGUGAUGAUGAUUACAGGCACUCCGUUGGACUAGAGGAAUCAGACAAUGAUCCUUUUAAGAAGCUCGGCUUCAGAAACAUAUCAACAAGGUCUCAGCCUUCCUUAACUUCAGCGUUUCUAUCUUUAUUCCUUUCCACCCUCCUUCUUUACCCUCCUACGUAUGCUUAA